UCGAAUUAGACAAGACAAGUGCACCUGAAAAAUGCUCGAACUCCCCACGUCCGACCGUACCGUCCGGGUGCGCCUAGUCGACACUACCACGUUGAUGACUGUGAGGAGCGAGGUUCUUGUACAACCAGUGCAGCCUGGCCAUGAAAUCCUGAACCUCACGGAUGUUGCAUUUCUUAUUGAGCAUGAAGGAUCCAAUCAAAAGGUCAUGUUUGACCUCGGGACGCGAAAGGAUUACUGGAACCUCCCCGAUGCGGUUCGACUGACCUUCGAUCAAUUCAUGCCAUCGGUGAGAAUCGACAAGGACGUUAGUGAAAUUCUUCGUGAGUGUGGCAUUCCACUCAGCGACAUCGGGUCAAUCGUUUGGUCUCAUUACCAUUGGGAUCAUAUCGGAAAUGUAGCCUUGUUUCCUCCAUCAACAUCGUUGUAUGUUGGUCCAGGGUUCAAAGCCGAGCCGCGUUUGUUGCCAGGUUUCCCAGACGAUUCUAACUCUCUUGUUCCGGCGGAUGCAUUUGCUGGGAGAGACGUCGUUGAGCCCGAUUUCGCCGAUGGAUUAACGAUUGGGGGUUUUCGCGCGCAUGACUUCUUCGGAGACGGUUCGUUCUAUCUGCUUGACACACCCGGACACUGCGUUGGCCAUCUAUGUGGCCUUGCUCGGACAACAGCAGAUACUUUCAUUUUCCUCGGUGGUGACAUCUGCCACUUUCCCGGGAUCAUUAGGCCAAACGCCAAAUUGCCCUUCCCAGCCCACAUUCCGACAGAGGCCCUAGACAAGGACCCAUUCUUUCCGACACCAUGUCCCUGCAGUCUCUUCGCAGCCCACCACCCCAGAACGAAGGAUGAGCCAAGUCGAACGCCCUUCUACGAGGUGUCCAGUUAUGACGCAACCGCCUUUACCGACCCAACUGUUGCUCAGGAGUCAGUAACCAAGCUCCAGGAAUUCGAGUCCUCUCCAGAUGUACUGAUAUGCAUCGCUCAUGACACGGAGUUGCUGCGGUAUAUGCCAACGUUAAAUGACUCGCCCUCCUCUGACCUCAACGCGUGGAAGGAAAAGGGUUGGAAGGAUAAAAUCCGUUGGGGAUGGGUCAAUGAGCUACCGCGUGGUGGUCGUCCAGGUAGGAAGCCACUGGUCGAAGGCUAUUGGCGAGAUGGUAAAAUCUGGGAAGAGGCAGUGCAGACGCUUCGUCGGAACUGAAAUAGAGGCUGCGGUCAGAAUCCAGAUCACACGCCACAUUUAGGAACUCAACAAGUAUAAACAUGCUUCAGACUUAAUCCUAUAGAGACGCACAUACCGGAAACUUGAACCAUGAGCCAUUGGAGAAUUCCCUUGCUAAUCAAGUUGGGGUGAAGGUGGAUGCGGUAGCAU